AUGCAUACUCUUUUUGUAACUAUUCUGACAAACUGUGAACCAGAAAAUCAACUUGAACUAUGGAAUAUGUUCAAAAAAGAUCUGGCGGAGGACUUUAUUCGGUUCAACACAGAACGUGGACUUCCAAUAGAAGAUGCGAUUGCAAGUGCCUAUCGAAUUAUUGCCACCGGUAUACAAGAAGAAGCAAAGGAUGGUCGAAGAAGAUUUGCAGAUUGGGUGACCCGAUACGACUUUCCAGAUAUAGGAUCAUUUGAAACUGAAGACCAUCAAGAAUUCAUCUCAGCCACUGAUGCAGCAGUGAAAGAACAAACAAUGUAUGCAACAUUGCUUGAAGAACAACGCUAUUUUGGAUGCGGCUAA